GUGUGUGUGUGUGUGUGUGUGAGUGUGUGUGUGUGUGUGUGUGUGUGUAUAAGACAGAAAACUGAGAACUGAGAAAGGGAUAGAGAGAAAGAGAGAGAGUAAUUCUAGCAAAGUAAUGUGUAUGGGUACUAGGUGGGUAAUGCUACCCUAAAUAACUUGGACUUCCACUGGCUGGCUUUUGUUCAUAAAAUGCUAAUCCUCUCAGGUGCAGACCUAUAUAAAACAUUGGGGAUUAAAGUCUGCACAGAAAUCUCAAAUCUCUUCUGCUGCAUAAGAUGCUAAGGCGAUAAGCUGCACCUUGCAGAGGCUCUGGGCGAUUCAGACCGGGAGGAGCGCUCAGUCCAAGCCAGCUCUCUCCUCCCUGGCGGCUCUGGGAUGGAUGCGUGUCUGCGCUCCGGGCAGCAGCCCCAGUCCGUGGACGAGGCACCGAGACCCCCGGAUGAGGAGGGACUACAGACAGACGGCAGCAGCGGACCCCCGGGAGAUUCUAACAAGAUAGAACCAUCGCUUCAAAGCCUCCAGAAAUUUGUGCCUAUGAAUUACGCCAGCUACACCCAGGAGUACUAUCAGUUUGCAGGCAAGAAGAUUGUCAUUCAAGAAUCGAUCGAGAGUUACGGAGCGGUGGUGUGGCCAGGGGCCACGGCUUUGUGCCAGUAUUUGGAGGAACAUGCAGAGGAACUCAGUCUCCAAGGAGCUAAGAUGCUGGAAAUCGGUGCUGGACCAGGCCUCGUUUCCAUCGUGGCCAGUAUUCUAGGAGCUCAAGUCACAGCAACGGAUUUGCCUGACGUCCUAGGGAACCUUCAAUACAAUCUUUUAAGGAACACACUAAACCAUACAGCACAUCUGCCCGAAGUGAAAGAGCUGGUAUGGGGAGAGGGCCUGGAACAGAACUUCCCCAAGUCCACGUGUUACUAUGACUACUUGCUGGCUUCUGACGUGGUCUACCACCAUUACUUCCUGGACAAGCUGCUCUCCACCAUGGCGUACCUCUGCCAGCCGGGAACGGUGCUGCUUUGGGCAAACAAGUUCAGAUUCAGCAGCGAUUAUGAAUUUUUGGAUAAAUUCAAGCAGGUUUUUGACACAACACUCUUGGCUGAAUUUCAAGAGUCAUCAAUCAAACUUUUUAAAGGAGUGCUAAAAUGGGACUAAAUUAAACAAGAUGCCUUUCGAAACAUUAGUGUGUCUUUUGAACAGUGUUAGAAAUUUUAUAAGAUUGCAAAGGUAGUGCACGGAAACAACUUGUGUAACUAGAAUAAACAUAGUAUUACGGCAACUCUCCCAAGCAACCAGUUUAGGAUCAUCUGCUUCAUCUAAAUAUACACAAAUAACAUGAAAACAUGAAAGUAGCUUUGCUGGCUUCCGAGAGUCUCAAUUAAGUG